AUGGCACCGACCCCCGUCACAAUCAUCACGGGUUUCCUGGGGAGUGGCAAGACGACGCUGAUUCUGAACCUCAUUCCACAAUUACCAAAAAGCUACAAACUCGCGCUCCUCAAGAACGAAUUCGGCGACGUGGCAGUCGAUUCGCAGCUCGCCGGGUCCGCAUCGAUCUCUGGCGUGCGGGAGCUCUUGAACGGCUGUAUCUGCUGCAACCUGGUCGGACAGCUGGAAGACGCGCUGUUCCAACUGCGCGACUCGGUGUCGCCUAGCCGGAUCAUCAUCGAGACGUCCGGGUCCGCGUUCCCCGCCACUCUGGCCAUGGAAGUCAACCGGGUGGCGCGCGAGCAUCCGGGCACGUUCACGCUCGACGGCGUCAUCAGCGUCAUCGACGUCGAGAACUGGAAGGGCUACGACGACACCAGCUACACGGCCAAAAUGCAGGCCAAGUACACCGAUCUCGUCGUCUUCAAUAAAUGGGAGCUGGUGGACGAGCGGAAAUUCGACGACGCGCUCGACCGUGUGGGCGACUUGGAUGUGCAGGUUGCUUGGGUCAAGAGCGAUCGAGGCUGGGUUGACGUCGAUGUCAUCAUGGGCAUUGAUGGCGCUAUGGUGCGGGAACAGGGGUUGCGAGGAGCCAUCGAGAUCACUGACGAACAGCAUCAACUUCAAGAACAACUUCAACAGAGUCACGAGCAUGGACACAGCCAUGGCCAUGACCAUGACGUGCACGUGCAUCACCAAGACGAAGUGGAGGUUCUGAGUGUCGUGGUGCGCAAUGCAGAUUCGUCCCGACCGCCGCAAGGGGUGGUGCUGCAGUCCUUCGAGGACUUGCUGCUCUCGGCGCCCAAGGAUGAGGUCUACCGCAUCAAAGGGCUCGUUUUGUCGUCGAACCCGCCCCCCGAUUCGACGGGAGAUUCCAAACCCAGUGUUGCCGUCGACGCCGAGGGGCUGGGUCUGUAUGUUCUGAACUGGGCGUUUGGCCGCUGGACCUAUACGCCACUUCCGAGCUCGGCGUUUCAGGCCAUGGAGGGGGCCAGCGCGAGACUGACUUUCAUCCUGGCCAGAGGAGAGUCGAAUAAGUGGAUCAGACGGUUGGAGAAGGGUGAUUUUAUUGCUUUGGAAAGCGACGACGGAAAGGAAGAGAGGGGAGAAUUGAAGAUCGAGAAGAUCGGUUGA